AUGUCUGACCGCAACCUGAAGAAACCAGGUAAGCCUGCGUCCAGCGCGUUUAACUUUGCCUGGUCUGAGUCCGACCCAGAACUCUCCGAGCCGCCCCUUGUGCAAGCGCUUCAUAUCGCCCUCGCCAGCUCCAUCUCGCAUGGAUCCCUUGCCGACGUAGAAAUAUACUUGUUCAGUCGACGGCUACGAUCAGGAGGCGUAGGCAAACCGCGUGCGGUGCACGCCAAUAGUCGCAUACUGAAAGCAGCCUCGCCCUAUUUCCAGGGAUUGCUGGCGGGUGGAUUUUCUGAGAGCAUCAAUGUCGCUGCUCGCGAUUCAGGGAAAUUUCCGGCCCUUGAAAAGCCAUACACUGAUUGCUAUGGCUACGACGACGACAGUGACUUAGAGGACAUCGAUGAUGAUGGUGAUGACGAUAACUCGGAAGGAAUACAAAAACUUGGCCUGAAUGAAGGAAUACUACCUGACGCAUCAACGGACCACCUAUUGGGCAGCGGCAUCCAGCCAGAAAAGCUUGAGGAGCCAGAUUCCGUGGGCGUAGCCUACGGCAGUACUUCUACGGUGCAAACGAGGAAGGGCUCCAGCAGCCAUAACAUGCGAAAAAUUGUCAUCAAAGAUUCUGCUUUCGUGACCUGGCAGUGGGUCGUGCUUUACUUAUACACAGGGCAUAUUGCCUUCGCACCCUUAACAUCUCAGGGUGCGGAAAAACGACAGAUUGAACGAGAGCAGUACCACUCGCUGAAUCCUGAAUACCCUCAUCCAUGUUCCCCGAAGUCAAUGUACCGACUGGCGGACAUGCUGGGUCUGGACACUCUUAAGCAGCUCGCAUUGAAUAAUAUCGAAUCCAAACUUUUUAUGAAUAACAUUUAUGAAGAGAUAUUCUCUACCUUCUCGGCGAGGUAUACUGCCAUUCUAGACUUGGAGAUUCGGUUCUUCGACAAUUGGGUAUAUUGGAACAGCCCAACUUUCCCAGAAUUCGAGAGAAAGCUACAGGCUCUCGCGGCAGGUCAACUGCCUCACACGGUCCCCGCAUUAGCGUCUUUAUUUAAAAUCUGCAUGGCUCAUAAAGGAGGCUAUUGCAAAACUCCGGAGCCGUUUGAUUUUGGUCUCGCCACUACUGCUACUCUCAGUCCCGCUGCUGAGAAGCAUAAUAAGCACGGCAAACCUUGA